CUGUGUCUGGGUCCCCCCCAUGGCUAGUAGACCACCUGAUUCUAUAAGAUCUAAGUGUAUUUUGUUCUUUCAGGUGAUCACCAUUUUCUCUGCGUCUAACUACUAUGAGGAGGGUAGUAACCGUGGAGCCUACAUUAAACUGGGCAGAGAGCUGGUCCCUCGCUUCUUCCAGUACCAGGUCAGCAGGAAUACCAGGAAACUCACCCUGACUCAGAGGGUGAAUGUGGCAGAGGGUUCGGCUGUAAGGGCUGUACAGGAGAAGCUGUUUUCCCACCGCUCAGAACUCAUGGCUGCCUUUCAGCAGUAUGACACAAGUAACAGUGGCUGUAUCUCUGUCAGUGAGUGGGCCCUGGUGGUGGAGUCAGUUGUGAGACUGGACCUGCCCUGGAGGACUCUGCGCCCGCGCCUGGCACGGCUGGCACCAGAUGGCAGCAUCGACUACCAGUCCUGCUUCGAGGACAUGGGCCCGGGACAACCCAUACCCCAGGUCACUCCAAACUUGGCUGAAACUCUUUACAGGUAUCGAACAGACCUUGAGAUUAUCUUCAACAUCAUGGACAAAGACCACUCUGGUCAGAUAUCCAUCGAGGAGUUCCGUCAGACCUGGCAUCUGUUUAGUGCUCACCUAGGUGUGGAGGUGGAUGACCGGGCCAUAGAUGAACUGGCUAAGAGUAUAGACUUCAACAAGGAUGGUAGCAUCGACUUCAACGAGUUCCUAGAGGCCUUCAGGGUGGUGCACAAACUGGAUGUUAAGGAGCAUCAGCAGGGCUGAGAGAAACCUUGUUGUUGUGCUGAAGACUCACAUUAGCUACCCGGGCAAUGACUUGGCUUUAGCUCAGUGAGCCAACACUGGCAGCAGGGCUGAGAGAACUACAAAGACAGGCAGCUAGGCUGAGAGAACUACAAAGACAAGCAGCUAGGCUGAGAGAACUACAAAGACCAGCAGCUAGGUUGAGAGAAUUACCAAGACCAGCGGCUAGGCUGAGAGAACUACAAAGACCAGCAGCUAGGCUGAGAGAACUACAAAGACAAGCAGCUAGGCUGAGAGAACUACAAAGACCAGCAGCUAGGUUGAGAGAAUUACCAAGACCAGCGGCUAGGCUGAGAGAACUACAAAGACCAGCAGCUAGGCUGAGAGAACUACAAAGACCAGCAGCUAGGCUGAGAGAACUACAAAGACCAGCAGCUAGGCUGAGCGAAUUACAAAGACCAGCGGCUAGGCUGAGAGAACUACAAAGACCAGCGGCUAGGCUGAGAGAACUACAAAGACCAGCAGCUAGGCUGAGAGAACUACAAAGACAAGCAGCUAGGCUGAGAGAACUACAAAGACCAGCAGCUAGGUUGAGAGAAUUACCAAGACCAGCGGCUAGGCUGAGAGAACUACAAAGACCAGCAGCUAGGCUGAGAGAACUACAAAGACCAGCAGCUAGGCUGAGAGAACUACAAAGACCAGCAGCUAGGCUGAGAGAAAUUACAAAAACCAGCAGCAGGCUUGAGGGGAGCCAUGCUCGCCUUGGCUUUAGCUCUGCAGGCUUAAACAGUCUUGUGGUCAACCAUACACUCAGUGUAGCACAUGCAGUUGCAUGAGUCAGGAAUAUAUCUAGGAGAUGUGGUCACCCUUCUCCCUGUGGUGUAGAACAUGUCUCAGAGGAGAACACACUACUCUCACCAGCUACUGAUAUGGAGGCGGACCAACACACGAGAGGUUUCUACAGACAACGCAGACAAGAGCUCCCCGCGGCAUGUCCUAGCUCUGCUCUGCAGACCAACAGCACUUUGCCCCAUCUUUUCUAGGUCUGAGACAGGGCUGUAAACUCUGAGACCAGACUGCUACAUCCUCUCUUCAGGGUCAAAGGUCCAAUGCAGAUGUUUUAAUUUUUAAAAAUCUCAAUAUUAAAUCAUGUCUGGGUAAGUACCUUACUGCGAUUGUUUUUCAUUAAAAUGGUCAAAAAGAAACUAAAAUAGCUUAUUUUUAGCAAAGAGCUAUUUCUCAAGCAAGAAUUUAGCUAUGACAGUCUGGGAGUGGUCUGGAAAACUGAAAAUGAUCUGUUAUUGGCAGAGAGGUUUCGACGUCUUUCUUAUUGGUCUAUUAACUCAUUUACAUCCUGGUGAUGUCACCAGGCAGGUCAAAACCAUCCCACCAGAACAGGCUGAAAUGUAUUUUUAAACACUUCUUACACUUAAAAGGUCAUUUAUCGUAAUUUAUCGUAAAUUUGACAGUAUUAUUCCAACCUCAUAAAUGGCAGCGUGUAAAGUAAAUGAUCUGUUAUUGGCAGAGAGGUUUCGACGUCUUUCUUAUUGGUCUAUUAACUCAUUUACUUCCUGGUGUAAAGUGUUGGUCCCAUGUUUCGUGACGCUGAAAUAAACAAUCCCACAAAUGUU